AGUCGCUUAGUGAAAUAAAUCAAGAAAGCAUAAAAUAUGAAUUCAAAGCCUGAGAAGUGUUAUGACUCCACAUUUCAAUGUGUGGAUGAAGAGGACCAAUUCGACUUUUUGUGUGAAGAUUUUGCAUCUCGAAGAGCUCGGAUGUCCUGCGGCCAUGUGGUUACUCCAACGUCUCUCACCAAAUAUUGCGAGUAUUUGUUGGAAAAGGGAGAAAGCACAUUUGUGUGUGGCCAGCCGGGCUGUACUGUCGAGUGGCCCUAUGAGGAGGUCCGCAAAAUGGCUCUUCUGACACCUGAAGAAAAGGAAUACUUUGAGAACACCAUGGCUGUUAAUGCUUUAAAGGCUUGCUUUGACUCCAAAUUUUGUCCUGGAUGCAAAUACUCUGUGACAAGGAAAGACGUGUCUAAUCUGAGCGUCCGAUGCCAAAUAUGUACAGCAGUCAAAGGACGCACCUUUGAAUUCUGCUGGCAGUGUUUGAGGGAAUGGAAAGGUCCACAGCCACGGAUAGAUCGCUGCGAUAAUGAGGGCUGCACUAAUGAUGCCCUGAAAACCCUGAGAGAUUGUCCGUAUGCUAAAUUUGAGAAUGUCAAAGGAGUCACUCAGUGUCCCUCUAUCAGGGCAUGUCCCACCUGUGGUAUAUUGGUGGAGCACACUGGAAAACAAUGUAAAAACAUCACAUGUCGCCAGUGCAAGGUAGAGUUCUGUUUUGUGUGUCUUAAGAUCACAACCGAAUGCAGAAAGGUAAACCCAGAUUAUUUUGGGCCAUGCUCCACUGAUGUUGCCCCCAGGCAAACCUCUAUCCCUAUAUGGCAGCGGAAUUAAUAUGAAUAAAAUAAGGUCCUGGUUUUUAUUUUGUUUAUGCAUUUAAUUCUAUGUUUAAAAGUAAUGCCUUGAGUUUCUUUGAUAAAAUAUGAUUAUAAGUCU